GUACCUAUUUCUAACAUAUAUAUAGUUGUCAGUUAUAUAUUUUAUAAUUAUUAUAGUGUAACAUUAUCUAGUUGGAUUUACAACUGUGUCCGGACCAUUCGUUUUUUUACGUUUAAAAAAUUUUCGCGCCAAAAAUAAAUUACAAAUACACUAAAAAAUAUGUGAAACGUUUAAUUUUCAACCUAUCGUUGCCGUAAAAAAUCAAACAUCAUCUAAAUGGAGAAAUAGUCAAUUUAAGAUUACACGCAUCAUCACCCCCCCGUCGAAUUCGGUUCACGGCAUGCUGAUAUAAAUCAACAUGAGCCAAAAGUCAGCCAAGGCGGCCACUAUGUCAGUUUGGCGGCGGUUCUGGAACGGUAUCAGCGUCGAGCCAAUAGCCGCGUGCUACAUGACGGCGUUCACGAUGGUCACGCUCACCGUGUCCAACCUGAACAUGCAGAAAGCGUGUCGGGUGAACCUUCAACUGCCCGACGACACGUGCGAGGCGCUAGUGACAAAAAGCACAACCGGACGUCAAUCCGACGAGGUGGAAGUCCAAAAACUGGUAACCAGCAUGAUGAUGUGGCAGACGUGCGCGCAAAACGCGCUGCCGUGUGUGCUCAUGCUGUUAGUGGGUGGCUGGAGCGACCGGACCCGGAAGCGCGUCCCGUGCAUGUUGUUGCCGUUAUACGGCGAACUUGCGCGUAACGCCGGCCAACUGUUGUGCGUCUAUUAUUUCUAUCAGCUGCCCAUGGAGGCGGCCGGCAUCGCCGAAACAAUACCGUUGGCCUUGACUGGUGGCCAAACCUUAAUGACUAUGACAGCUUACAGUUACAUCGGUGACGCCACUUCAGUAGAUCAACGAACGUUCAGAAUUGGGGCAUUGAAUGCCAUUCUAGCUGUAUCUAUGGCAAUCGGAACGUCAUUGUCCGGCAUAGUAUAUAAUAAGUUAGGAUUCUACGGUGUAUAUGGUUUAUCGUCCACAUUGAUUAUAAUAGGUCUAAUAUAUGGAUUAUUGUUUGUCAAAGAUGUGACUCCAGUCUCAGAAGUGAAUAAAAACAAAUCAUAUCGGACGACUAUUUCAGAAUUUUUAGAUUUUAGCCACAUAACCCAGUCGUUCAAUACCACUUUUAAAAAACGUCCGAACGAUCAAAGACUGAGAAUUAUAAUUGUGUUAAUUAUAUUCAUGGCAAGUGCUGGCAUAAAUGCUGGUUAUCAUACAGUAUGUUAUUUGUAUACUCGAGUUCAAUUCAAUUGGGACGAAGUACAAUACAGCAUAUUUGCAUCGUAUGAAAUAGUAAUGAACAUUUUAGGUCUUCUAUUCACCUCAUUAUUCCUUUCUAAGCAAUUGAAAAUGUCUGAUGAAAUAAUAGGAAUGUUAUCAUCGAUUAGCCAAACACUGGGUGCAUUGUUUUACAUUUUCGCUUACAACGAAUUUCUUUUUUAUAAAGGACCACUGGUGACGAUUUUUACGUGCGCAGGAAACAUAUCGACCAAAUCACUGAUGACAAAAUUAGUACCAAAAUCUGAACUCAGUCAAACAGCUGCUGUCUUUGGUAUUGCAGAAAUCAUGGUUUCAUUAGUGUUUGGACUCUUAUAUAAUGGCUUAUAUGAGAUCACAAUAAAUUUUUUCCCUGGAUCUUUUUAUUUUAUCACUUUAAUACUCAUCGCUCCGACUAUUGCUUUAUUCCUAUGGCUGUACGUGAAGCGAACAAAUGAAUAUGAAUACUUAAAUGAAACAAACGAUGUUUUUCAAUAUAAGAAAAGUCCAAGACCAAAGUCAAAAAUGUUAAGUAGUUCUAACUAUGGUACGAUCGUAGAGCCAUUACAAAACUAACAAAAAUAUGCGACUGAUUUUAUAACAUAUAUCAUAUAUAAAAAAAUUAGCAUAUU